AUGCCUCUAGAACUACACCCCGCCACCCCCCCAGACACACCCACGCUGGCAACCCUCUUCUUCACAAGCUUCUCCGACGCCUUCAAUACGAAACUCUUCCCGCGCACACCCGACGUGCACGCCUGGUGGACGCGCGCCCUAGCCAAGGACAUCCGGAACCCGCGCAAACAGCUCUUGAAAGUAGUCGACACGGACGCCGACCCGGCCAAGAACGAGCCUGCAAUUGUGGGAUUCGCGCUGUGGUCGCUCCCUGCCCCGGCGUCCGAUGCGGACCCCACGACCGGGGCGGAGAUAGAAGAGGAGCUUGAGGAUGGGUUCAGUCCGCCUUGGCCGGAGAGCUGUGACGAGGACUUUUGUGAGAGGUUCUUUGGUAAGAAUCAUGAGCGCCAGGUGGCGGUUAUGGGGGAUAAGAGGUAUUAUUAUGUCGAUAUUCUAGGGACGCAUCCUGCGGCAAGGAGAAGGGGUGUCGCGACGAUGCUUAUGAACUGGGGGUUGGAGAGAGCGAAGGAGGAAAGCCUGGAGGUGUACUUAUCUGCUACACAGGCGGGGAGAUUGGUUUAUGAGAAGUUGGGAUUUGAGGUUCGGUCGACGGGGGAGUUGGAUGGGUAUGUACAGGAUUCGAUGGUUUGGGUUCCUUGA